AUGCAGUUCCAUAGAGCAACAUUUGAAGCAGAUUUUAAGUCUAAGCUUGAUGGUCUAGCUAAGUUGGAUAGAGGUAUUGUGGAGGACCUUAUCAAGUACAACAAAGAGAGAUGGUGUAAAGCAUACUUCCGGUGUAAAGCAUACUUCCAAACUUUCUCCAAAUGUGACAGUGUGGAUAAUAACAUGGCAGAAAGUUUCAAUGCAUGGAUCUUGGGACCAAGGCACAAGAUUAUUGUUUCAAUGUUGGAAGAAAUCAGAAUUAAGGUGAUGAACAGGAUUCCUAAGUCAAGAACAUUUGCUGAAAGCUGGACGGAGGAUGUAUCUCCAAUGGCAAUGAUGGUGUUCAAUGUCAAUGUAGAGAGAUCAAUGCAAUGCAACAUUGAUUGGAAUGGUGAUGAAGGUUUUGAAGUGCUAGAAGGGUCAUAUAGGCAUACUGUGAAUUUGGGUCAACAAAAGUGUAGCUGCAGAUCAUGGGAAUUGAAGGGGAUCCCAUGUGCUCAUGCUAUUGCAGCUAUGAACCAUUUGAAUAUGGAUGCAUCACAAGCAAUUUCGAGUUGGUACAUAAAAGACAAAUAUUUGAAGGCUUAUUCUAACUUCAUUCAGCCAGUUCCAAACAUGAAAAUGUGGCCAGACAGUACCAAUCCAAUUGUUGAGCCACCUAAAGUGAGAAAGAUGCAUGGUAGACCAACUAAGAACAGAAAAAAAAAAAGAUUGGAGAAGUGA